AUGGCCUACCUGCUACUGUACAUCGACGACAUCAUCUUGACGGCCUCCACCGCUGGUCGUCUUCGACAGCUCACCGACAGUCUUCGCGCUGAGUUCGCAUUGAAGGACCUCGGCUCGCUCCACUACUUCCUCGGCAUUGAGGUUGUCCGGCGUGCGGACGGGUUCUUCCUUCAUCAGCGGAAGUAUGCCCAUGAGCUUCUCGAGCGUGCAGGGAUGCUUAACUGCAACCAUGCACCUACUCCUGUCGACACGAAGGCCAAGCUUUCGGCCACUGAUGGGUCGCUGGCUUCCGACGCGCCGUUCUACCGCUCCAUCGUCGGUGCUCUCCAGUACUUGACGUUGACACGUCCGGAGCUCCAGUACGUUGUGCAGCAGGUGUGCUUGCAUAUGCAUGAUCCUCGGGAUGCUCAUUGA